AUGGGAUCAACUCGAAAUGAUUCAACAGAAGAAUUUGGCGAUAAUCUGUCACUACUUGGUGAUAACGAUCAGCAAGAUAACAUCGAAUCAAAACGGCGUGAAGUUCGUGCAGUAUUUGAUGUAUUCGAUGAACAGCGGUGUGGCUCUCUGGACGUCAUUGACGUCGCACACGUGGUCAGAUGCCUCGGUUUCAACCCAACACAACACGAUUUAGAUGCUUCUUUCAGUCAGAUUGCGAAGGGUGGAUCCUCGAGGAUUACUUUUGAACAUCUCUUCGCUCGAGUUCUAGCAGCCAGCGAGAACGAUGAAUGGCAUCGUGGUCAGAUCGGUGAACUGGAACGCGCGAUUAGCAUCAUAGCACCACAGCAACCCAUCACCAAAGACUAUCUGAUCAUGCAACUUACUAGCCGAGGUCUAUUUGCUAACUGA